AUGGCUUCAACUGUCGCUUCUUCAAAUUAUACUGCAUCUGCUGGAGCAGCUUCUUCAAGUUAUAUAGCUACUUCUUCUACUAAUAAUGAGGUAGUACCAAAAUUUAGCGAAUAUCGAUCACGAGUUAUGCUUGGUGAUCUUCCUCAAGAUUUUCUGCGCAUACAAUUUACACAAGCACACAUCUAUAAUCCAGCAGGACAUGGCAUGAGACAAGUUUAUUCACCUGCACAGCUUCAGCAACAACUUCAUCAAAAUCCGAAUUUUCUUGGCUAUUUUACAUUAACAAUUGCAGAGGCAAAAUUAGCAAAAAAUUCUGGUUUAUUAGGUUUGAUCAAAAUGGAUCCAUAUGUUAGUUUUCGAAUUGGUCAUGUAGCAUAUGAUACACCAACAGCCACUGGUGGUGGAAAAAAUCCUCAAUGGAAAGCUUCAUAUCGCAUUAAUUUAUUCAAAGGAAUGGAUAGAAUUCAUUUAGAAGUAUAUGAUCAACGAAAUUUUACUGAAGAUAGUUUUAUUGGUGAAUGUGAAAUAGUGAUACCACGUGAAGUAAUGGAAGGUCAAACACGUCAACAUUGGUAUCCAUUAAUGGGAAGACAAACAAAUGAAAAUCAAGGAGAAAUUCUUAUUAUUAUGAGUUUUUUGACAAUGCGUGCAGCAAACCAACCUACAAUGGCAAGUUCAACUGAUACACCUGUUAUGAAUCCUGAUGGAAAUGCAAAUAUAUCCAGUGGCUUUGCUGGAUCUUCAUUACCAAACCCAUCAGCUAUGAUGACUGAACAACAACAACAACAACAACAACAACAACCGAUAGCAGAACAUUCACCAUCAGCUGUUCCAAAACCGCCACCACCACCAUAUUCACUUGAAGAUAUACGAACAAUUGAAGAAAUGUUUCCUACAAUUGAUCGUCGCGUUAUAACUGAUUUACUUGAUAAACAUCGCGGAAAUAAAGAUCUUGUUGUCAAUCAUCUGCUACAAAAUAUCGCUUAA